GUGUCAUUCGCGUAUCAGACGCAGCUCUAGCAGGGAAGGCUUUGAGGCUGCGAGGAGUAAAGGCUCGAAUUGUCCAUGUCGAAGUGGAUAAAAUACUCAAGUUGUUCAUCGAGGAGUUCGAGGACUGCCAAGUCUUAGUACACAGCGAAAUUGUAACACAGACCGCCGAGCUCUGGUCCUGCAAGAAGGCCUCUCUAAGUCUCCUCAAAGGGGCGGAGACGGUCCAAUGUGAUGCUUGUGAGAAUGUGUCCAUUGCUGGGGCUGUGAGAGUAUGCAGUAGCAACUGUACAGCGUUGAAAGUCAAUGGCGCUGAGGUUGCCGAGACCGCGAGGACCGAGCAGGUGUUGAGCCAAGCUGAUGAGCACGGUAAGGUGAAGAGCGAUAAGAUGCAGCGGUUUGGCCGGGACCAACUACCAGUGAUGGACGCUGGAGAGAGUACUAGCACGAAGCCUUCUGCGGAGAAGGACAUAGCGGAAUCUCAGAAGGACCUUGGAAAUGAUGCCUUCAAGGAGUGCGACUUCAUGCAGGCAGUUGUAUUCUACACCAACGCUCUGGACCACGACUCAACAAUGGCGGUAGCCCUGUCCAACAGGGCCCAGUGUUGGCUCAAGCUUGGGGACUUUGAGAAGGCCGAAAGUGAUGCUUUGAAGGCGGCUCAGCUCGAGGGGGCAACUGACCGUAUCAAGGCUAAGUCCUGGUUCCGGGCAGGCAUGGCUCGCCAUGGCAGAGGUGACUUCAGCGGAGCAUGCGAGUGUUUGAGCAAGGCGCAGGAGAUAGACCGGAAGAACCCUCAGAUAGACCACGCUUUCAAGAUGGCUGAAUUCAAGAUGCGGCAGAGUAAGCCGAAGUGGAGUAGCCAAUGAUUGCAUUAAUAAUUGCUGAGCAAUAUACCUUUUCAAAAACCGUGAAUUCGCUCUAGUC